AUGCCCCUCCGCCGCCUCCAUCCCCAGAUCCACGCGAGCGGGAAUGGCGUCGGAAUGACCCGCCGCGGCCGUCGCCGCCGCGGCAAAUCGCCGGCGGAUCCCGAAUCCCUGCCGCUCCACGAGGACAUGCUCCGGGAGAUCCUCCUCCGCCUCCCGCUGCGGCCAUCCUCCCUCCUGCGGGCCUCUGCGGUCUGCAAGCACUGGCGAGGCCUCGUCACCGACCUCCACUGCUUCAUGCAGUCGUCCACCCACGAACGAACCACGGUCGGCGGCGAGGAGAUGACCCGCCGUCGCAGCCCGCGCCUCCAUCCCCAGAUCGGCACCAGUGAGGAGGUCUCCGGGAUGCCCCUCCGCCGGAGCCCGCGCCUCCAUCCUCAGAUCCACGCGAGCGGGAAUGGCGUCGGAAUGACCCGCCGCGGCCGUCGCUGCCGCGGCAAAUCGCCGGCGGAUCCUGAAUCCCUGCCGCUUCACGAGGACAUGCUCUGUGAGAUCCUCCUCCGCCUCCCGCCGCAGCCAUCCUCCCUGCUACGCGCCUCCGCGGUCUGCGAGCACUGGCGAGGCCUCGUCACCGAGCCCCGGUUCCUCCGCCGCUUCCGCGCCCACCAAGGGAAACCGCCCCUCCUCGGCGUCUUCGAGCCCCACAUCUGGGGCAUCAAGUUCAGAUCCACCUUAGACCCUCCAGACCGCAUUCCUCCGGAGCGCUUCGACCUGCAAUAUCAAAUUGACCGCCGCAGUGGGAUCCGUCUCGGUCUGCUCGGGUGCCGCCACGGCCGCGUCCUAUUGUUGGAUGAUAAGCGCAAUAAGGUCAUUGUGUGCGACCCCAUCACCGGCGAGCACCACCGCCUUGACGUUCCACCAGCGUUCAGAGGAUUCUACAUCUAUGGGGCUGUGCUCUGCGCUGCCGUGGACCAGGGCCACGUGCACGGCAGCUGCCACUCGAGCCCCUUCAACGUGGUCUUGAUGUCCCUCUCGCGAGGCGGAGACAAAGAUGAGUAUGAUGACGAACAUGACUACGGCGAUACAUCACCCAUGGCUUGUGUAUACUCUUCGGAGACUGCCGUUUGGGGCAACCUUAUCUCAACGAUGGAUCGAUGUGAGCUUGAUGAGGUUAAUCCUGGAAUCCUUAUUGGUAACGCUCUUUACUGGUCCUCUAAGAGUGUGAUUCCGAACAGAAAUGUUUUGCAUUUGGAUUAUUUGGCAGACGACAUAGUUGAGUUUGAUUUGGAUAGGCAGAGCCUAGCUGUGAUCAAGGGGCCUCCAUGUCUUAAUGGCUCCCUCAGACAUCAAAUAAUCAGGGCAGAGGAUGAUGCUCUCGGUCUCGCUAUAUUUUCCCACGGUAGAUUCGAGGUGUGGCAGAGGUGGGUCAGUUGUCAUGGUGGUACUACAUGGUUGCUGCACAACACCUUUGAAGUGCAUACCCUUCUUGGGCUCCCUCUUCAGAUUGAGGGAUCAAUGAGAAAGAUGGAAAUACUGGGGUAUGAUGAGGAUAACCGUGCAAUCAUUGUUUUUGUAGAUGGCAAUGUCUACAUGGUUCAACCUAUGUCCACGCAGUUCAGAAAACUUUAUGAAAGCCGUUAUCCUAUCAAGUGUCAUCCUUUUGCAAGUUUCUAUACACCAGACCUAGCCAUUCCUGCUGGAUGUAAAGGAGUUGAAAUAUUGCACGAUGCAUAGAAUGAUUUCCGGUCUCAUGUGCUGAGGUUCUAGAAUUGUUCAACAGGUGAAGUACUGGCUGCUGCUGCAGUACCCACGAUUUUGUCGCAUUGCAUCAGUGCAGUCGGCAGUCUGUAUAUGUACUCUUUCCAGAAGAACAUGCCCAACGUGUGCCGUAGUCUAUCUAGGUUCCUAAUGUAACAAGAUGCUAUAUUGGUACCUAAUGAAGGGAAGUUCAGCUUUCCCAACCUAUAAUUCUACUAA